AUGGCUGAUGAACUUUACUGUCUUCCCCAUGGCUCACGAAUCCUGGUGACUGGAGCGAAUGGCUUCGUUGGGAGUAAUCUUGUUCACUGUCUGCUAGAACUAGGUUUCAAGGUCCGCGGGACUGUCCGCAAGCCGAAGCCAUGGCUCGAUGAGCUGUUCUGGGACAAGUUCGGAGAGGAUUCGUUUGAGUCGGCCGUUCUUCCUAACUUUGAGGACAAGGAAUUACUGUUCCAGGUGAUGCAAAACAUCUCUGGUGUGGCCCAUGUGGUAUCAGAUGUCAGCUUCAACUCGAAUCCGGAAGAGGUCGUGCCUUGGGUGAUUCAGGCAAUUCAUAACGUGCUAGAGGCUGCAUCCAAGCAGCGUGAGAUUCAACGAGUCGUCUUAACCUCUUCGGCACUCGCAGCACGGUUUCCGGAACAUAACAAAGAGGGUAUUGUUGUUCGUGAGAACUCCUGGAACGACAGCGCCAUAAAGGAAGCCUUCAAUCCAGACACUCCAGCUCACCUGAAGGGUUUCUUCUGUUACGCCGCGUCCAAAACUGAAGCGGAGAAGGCUGCAUGGAACUGGGUCAAAGAAAAUAAGCCCGACUUUCAAUUCAACACUGUCCUACCAGACUUUACUCUUGGAAGGAUUUUGCACCCAGAGAUCCACGGCUCAACGAUGGGCUGGGUCCGCUCCCUCACCAAGGGUGACAGAAAGAUUUUCCAGACAUUUGAACCCCAAUACUUUUGCGAUGUGGGUGACAUUGCACGUCUUCACGCAGCGGCCCUCCUCGAUCCCAAGACAGUCUCUCGACGCCUGUUCGGAUUCGCCAAUCGUUUCAACCUCACCGAGAUCAUUUGGAUUAUUCGAAAACUCAGACCUGACAACACUUUUAUCCCGGAUCCUCCUGUUGAUGAUGGGAGUGACCUGAGCGAGGUCAUUCCCGCCAAGGACGCGGAAAAACUCCUGCAGGAUUUCUUUGGACAAGAGGGGUGGAAAUCCAUCGAGGAAAGUAUUUCUGACGGACUAGAGGGGUGGUAG